CCCCGAAUCGCUUCUCCGAGCCAUCGUACGGAUCUGAACAGCCUGUGCUUCGACGUCAUGACCGGCUCCGUGUCGAGUUCGGGCGAGCAGCCGUCCGACUCCGGAAAUCAAUCACAUUCGAAGCGCAUCCGCCUGUCGUUAGCCUGCAACCAGUGCCGGAAGCGCAAGGUGCGGUGCGACGCGCAAACGCCCAAAUGCCACAACUGCAUCCUCCGAGGCGACGACUGCCAGACCACGAACCCCAGGAACCCAAACCAGCAUGCCGUCCGAAAGUGGGCAGCCAAGAGCAAUGCAAACCCAAGCGAGGGCGGUAGCACCCAUGAGAUCUCGGGGACGCCGCGGGAGCAACCGCGCUAUCGAGCCACCUCGCCCAGAGCGCGACAGUACCUGUCUCCAGCCUACGACGACGGCUCAGAGGGCGAAGCUGCCGCUUCGCAAAAGAUGUCGUGGGUUGCGCAGGCCUACCGCGCCAAUGCCCGCGACAACCAGAGUCCGCACGAGCACGCGGAUCUCAAUCCUGACAUGACCUUGAACACCGACGAGAGCCCGCACCGCUUAAAGUUCAUGGGUGGCAGCAGCGUUCAGUCGUUGACCAUGUUUGCUGAUCUCUUCUUCCGCAAACGCGGUCUGAGGCCCAUAUCACCCUAUUUCCUCUUUGGGAUGCAUCACGUUGAAGAGUACCAAGUGCCGCUUUCAUUCCAACUACCCUCGCUUCCCCCGCUUCCCACCAUGGACGCUUAUCUAGACGUUUACAUGAAGCGGAUUUUCCCGCUGUUUCCUGUAUUUGAUGAGCCUACCCUUCGCUCCGAGUUGGGUCGGCUUACAACGCUCCAAGACUCGGAUUCGUCCGCCGGGUUGCAAAGCCUCAUUGAACCAUCACAGGUGCCUCUAUUGGUGUGCAUAUACAGCAUAGUGUGCAUCGGCGCUGACGAGGAGACCUGCAUGCUCACUGAGGUUGGUACCCAUUACUUGACAGCAGCUUACAGCCUGUUGGCGCACGUCAUAUCAACCCCAUACCUGGCUUCGGUGCAGGCCCUCGUCCUCCUGGCCAUCGCAUUGCGCGGCCGGAGUAAAGAAGGACAAGGCUGGCAAACUCUGGGGCAAGCGAUUCGCAUCGCUCACUCUAUCGGCCUCCACCGCCAUGCGUCGACAAGGCAUUCUGGGAAUACACCAGAUGCGGGGAACUCGGCCCCUUCGCCGGGAUACCAAGCAGACCGUAAGCUCCACAGCAGAGUCUGGUGGGCUUGCUAUAACCUCGAAAAGCUCAUGGAACUUGAAACUGGUCGUCCAGCUGCGAUACACGACUCGGAUUGUGACCACAGGCUGCCAGAUCCCACCGUCGACUACUUCCAGCCCUGGACUUCUUUGAGUCGCAUAAUCAGCAGCAUCAGCGCCCACAUCUACCGCCGCUCGGGACAAUCCCAGACCUCUCGCAUUCUACUUGGCGACACAGUCCGUCUGGACUCAGCGCUGACAGAGUGGGCCCAGUCACUGCCUCCCGAGAUCCGCCCUCCUGGCCCAAACAGCGGCAACGAGAUCCUGUGCGAGACCGAUCACAAGCAUCUCACAGUUUUCCUGGCCAUACAAUACCAUCAUGCUCUGAUAUCUCUCCAUAGGGCCGCUUUGGUGUUCCCCGAGUCCAUGUAUCGGACGCACAUCAACUUCCAAGCCGACUCUGGCACUUUGUCGGCGGUGGAGCUCACACGCUUGAGGCGCGGUGCCGAAAUAUGCAUUGGCUCCGCGAGGACGAUUGUGAGACUUAUCGGAGAAAUAGCUGACGACUCUACACCAACCCCUCGGCCAAGAGGCGGCAUCUUCGACGAAGCUCCUCAUACCAUGUCAGAAUCCAUCAUCUUCACCAUCACACAGCCACUCAUGGCGGCUGUGGCCCUGGCCCUGCACAUCCUCAAGCAACCCAGCUCGAGGCUUGCUCGCUCCGACCUGGAGCUUUUGGGGAUAGCGGCACAGUACGCAGAAGAGCAGUACACCAAGGUCUCGCAGAACUCCCGCUUCAUCCAAGCGUGUUCAGUCCUCCAAUCGAACAUGUCAGAGAUUGUGUCCGGCCACCGGCAGCACCGGGGUUCAAUAAACCCCAUUGCCGUGGAAUCGGUGCGUCCCGAGCAUGCGCUAGUAGAUGACUCAAACCCUGAAGCCAUAAGUACGGCUACGGACAUGAUGGACUUUGAGCUCCCGGAUCUGACUGGAAUGUUUACCGAGAUCAGCAACACUGACCUAUUUGGAGGUGUCCGACUGGAGCAUCUCUGGGGCAUGUUAGGUGCAGAGGGGCAGUUUGGGGAAGCUUCAAGGUCUUGGCCGCAGUGAACGAAACGUUUUUCUAUUGCUAUGUGUAACCAUUGUAUCCAUCACGACUGUAUGCCUGUGUAUCUUCUUGUCAAUAAAUCACUAUGGUUAGAUACCAAAAGGUAUUUAGAGAAGGUCUUAUACAGCUUCGAGCACAUCUCUCUUUUGCUUUUAGCAGAUAUUAAUCUUUGACACGUGGAGACAACUAAAGGCUACUUAAGUGUACUUAAUAGGAUGAGGGAAGAUCCAGAUCAUCCACGCCAUCUUACUAUAUAUCCCAGAGUAGUCUAGCUUAUGUAAGUCAAAGCACCUACUUUCUAAUCACCCCCACAUUACAAUUAACUA